AUGAGCGUACUUGAUUUUUACUCAGAAGAUGUUGUGGCGGCUGAAGAGCCUGAAAUUCUAGAAACCUCAAAUCCAGUAUACUUCGAUGAAUCCUCGUCUUCUUCUGAAAUUAUUCAUCCAUGUGUGUCGUCAGGUAUUACGACUUAUACGCCUAAUCAAGAAAAUUUGUCAAAACUUGAAAGUCGGUUACACUUCAGACAGCUGGAGCAAUCCCACGGAUGUACCCCAAACACCCUUAUUGACUCCGAAUUACUUGUUGAUGAAUUCUUAAACAAGUUACGCGAACGUGUCAUCUCGUCAAAAUCAGAAAGUGAGUCGCAAGAGUGGACUUUAAUCAUUGGAACUCUGAAAAAAAAGAGUCGAUUGCUUCGCAAUGCAUAUGAGACAAGGCAUAGUAAGGUGAACCAUGAUGAGCCUGAACUAAGUUUAAAUGCCGAUUCAGAGACCGUUUCGAAAAUUCUUUUAUUAUUGGAAAAAGUAGAAAUGCUGGAAAACUUGACAGGAACCGAAUGCAGAUCUAGUGAAAGUGGUAGUUUUCAGUUGCAACUUAAUGCUCUGACUCAGAAAAUUGAGAUUCUGAUGGCGUGCAUGUCCCAGCGGAGCAAAGAUGUGCCUACCAAAGUAGCCAGUACUGAUAGCUUGUUCUCGAUCGAGAGAGAGAGCUCUUUGCUUCAAAAGAUUGAAUACCUGUAUGAUAGGUAUGCAUCAUUGCGCAUACCUAACUUGGAGAAAGUCAACACUAAAUUAAAAUCCAUUGGUUUGAUGGCGACUUCAAUUGCUCCUUCAGGCGACUUUCUCAACAACAUACACAGCGAAUUCAAUGCGAUGCAACGUCAAAUUACAGAUUGGGAGAACAAACUUUCUGAUUUUGAGGCACACAUGGCCGACAACCGCAAAAUGAUUUGGGAAAACCAAUCUCAAGUGGAUACUUGGAUCAAAAACCUAGAAAAAAAGUUAUACAAUUAA